CAAAACAAAGUCUUUCGUUAUUACUGUCUUAUUUUAGUCCCAAAACCCAGAAUCACCCUUUCUUCCAAUUUUUCGGUUCUUUUCUAUUUCAUUGCUAUUUCUCUCAUUCUUUUCAUUUCCAAAAUCUCUGUUUCAUUUCCAGAGUCUCUCCCUUGGGUAGGCAGAAACCCUAAAGCAAUUGUGGUAGGUAAGUUUCAAAUCUCUCAAUUAGGUUUCAGCAAUUGUAGCUACAAUUUUGGUUUUGAUUUCUCUUCGAACCCGAUAUUCACUUUGAUUCCGCGUUAUCCUCUGUGUCUUCUCCUUCGAAUCUCAUCAAGUACUCCAGGUUUGUGUCUUCUUCUUAGAUUUCCAAAAUCCCCUGUUUAUGACUCUGAAAUUUGAGAAUUGAACAUUCAGCGGUGGCGAUGAGAUGGUUAAGGUAACGAACCUCAUCGUCUGGUUGCGCAGGAAACAAUCGAGGGAGGUGGGAGGUGUGGUUGAGCAGCCGGAGUGUCAUUUGCCCCAAAGCUGCAAAUAUCAAGGCUGCAGCCUUGUGCUACGCUGUUGCGACCACAAUCGCUUUUUAGCUCCGAGCCAUUGACACUUGCUUAAGCAGCUAAGCUUAGGAUAACAACAGCUGUGCUAAGGAGAAGAAACUUUCAAAUUGUGAGUCUAUUUCUCAAUUUUGGUCAUUGUUAAUUAAAUGAAACAGUUUCUUAAAUCUUUUGGGUUGGGUUAUGAGAAGAUUGCAGCUUGUCCAAAUGACUGUAUGUUGUACUGGGAGAUAGGAAGAAUCAAGAAGAGUGUCAUGCUUGUGGGUUAUCAAGAUGGGAUUCUAUUUCUAAUGAUCCAGCUUGCAUUUGAAGCAAUGGUGAUGGUUAGUGUCUUGAAUGAUGCUCUCAAGAGCAUGUACAAUGCAGAGAAAAGGGGUAAAAGACAAGUCACGAUCAGGCCAUCCUCAAAAGUGAUUAUCAAGUUCCUUUUGGUCAUGCAGAAACAUGGUUAUAUUGGAGAGUUUAAGUAUGUUGAUGAUCACAAAGUAGGAAAAAUUGUCGUCGAAUGGAGGUAGGUAUUUGAACAUGUGUACCAUUUCUAAUUGUUGCAUAAUAUUUAUGUAAUAUGGCUUCCCUGCUAAUGGUAUCCUACAAGUAAUCCUUUUAACUUAAUUUUUAUUUUAAAGAUUGGUGGGUGUCUAUGAGAAUGAGAUGUGGGGAUGGCUACACAUUAGUUGAUAACAUGAAAUCUGUUCAGGGAUUUGAUUCCAGGUUUUCAUAGAAUGUGUUUUCUAAUAUUUAUGUGUAAUUCUCUUCUGAGGUACUGGACCACUUCUG